ACACGGAGAAUUCCUUCCCUAAGUACCCACAGGAGAAGAUAAACCAGCGCCUGGCAGCUCAGGCGAAGUGCCCUCCUUUAUUCUUUAGCCUUACCUCCAUCUUUCCCCCACAGUUUAGUUCAAUAAGUUUUAAGUGCCUGAAAUCAUUCUUGGUGAAUGAAUAACGCUGGACCACUCUGAAGAUAUGCGGCUGAGAGGGGGACCCUCGUCAUCAGCGCGCACUCGUCACCGAGACAGGGUAACCCAUGGUUACUGAGCCCAGAUCAGUGAAGGGCAGAGAGCCCCCCCGCCUCACUGCUCUUUAAAAGAGGCCCAGCCAAGGGACCCUACCAGCUCCGAGCUCCCAGCCUGGGCGAAGGUGCGGGAAGCAAAGCCUGAGACCUUCAGCCGAGCGAACCAGCUGCGGAAGCGAGGCCAGCAUGUCUCCGUCUUUCAAACUUAAGUGUCACCUCGUUCUGAUCUUCCUGAUGGCUCUACGAGGGGAGACCCGGUACCUGCAGCUGCGGGAAGCGGCGGACCGCGACCCCCUCCUGCUCUGGGGCGCCCGCCUGAAGCGGGACCUGGCCGGGGAGCCCGAGUACCGCCGCGCGCUGCGGUGCCUGGACAUGCUGAGCCUCCCGGGUCAGUUCACCUUCACCGCCGACCGGCCGCGGCUGCACUGCGCCGCCUUCCUCAUCGCCGAGCCGGAGGAGCUCAUCACCGUCCACUACGACCUGGUCUCCAUCGACUGUCGGGGCGGCGACUUCCUGAAGGUGUUUGAUGGUUGGAUUCUCAAGGGGGAGAAAUUCCCCAGUUCCCAGGAUCAUCCUCUCCCCACCACUGAGCGGUACAUAGAUUUCUGUGACAGUGGGCUUAGCCGAAGGAGCAUCAGAUCUUCCCAGAACGUGGCCAUGAUCUUCUUCCGGGUCCAUGAACCAGGAAACGGAUUCACAUUCACCAUAAAGACAGAUCCCAACCUCUUUCCCUGCAAUGUGAUUUCCCAGACCCCAAAUGGAAGGUUUACCCUGGUAGUCCCGCAUCUGCAUCGAAACUGCAGCUUCUCCAUAAUUUAUCCUGCGGUGAUCAAAAUAUCUGAUCUCACCCUGGGCCACCUAAGUGGUCUGCAGUUAAAGAACCCCUCAGCAGGUUGUGGGGGAAUAGGAGACUUUGUAGAGCUGCUGGGAGGAACUGGACUGGACCCUUCCAAGAUGAUGCCUUUGGCUGACCUCUGCUAUUCAUUUCAUGGCCCUGCCCAAAUGAAAAUUGGCUGUGACAACACAGUGGUGCGCCUGGUCUCCAGCGGAAAGCACAUAAACCGUGUGACUUUUGAGUACCGCCAGCUGGAACCAUAUGAACUGGAAAACCCAAGUGGAAAUAGUAUCCAAGAACUCUGUUUGUCUGGUCUUUGAGUAACCAAUCCCAGUGAUGUACAUGCUGCUAGCUAAGUAAGUUUUUAAUGGCUAUUAUAUAUGAUUUUGAUGACCAGCUAGUUAAAAGCCUUUCAUACCAGUCAGUAUUCCCAGGCGUGAGCACACAUUCGACACACCCAAGCAGACACACCGUGUGCACAAGCAUGCGUUAUUUUUUGUACCUUAUUUCUUUUUCAUUUGUAAUAUAUGAAAGACCACAUGGCAGACAAUAGCCCCCUUUGGUAGAAAAACAGUUUUCUUUUGUUCUUUGGUAUGCUACAAACCUGAAAUGGUAAGGCAAGGGCACAGCAAUGGGCAAUAAGAAAUUGUAUCUCAAAAAAAAAAUGUAUCUAAAGGGAAAAUACCAUAAAGAAAUUAAAAUGGUGGUGUUCAUAUCAGUCCUAGAGCAGAAAACAAUUGAAUGGCUGUGUAUGUGUAUACCAAAGUAGUUGCAUCUGUUUGUUAUUCUAUUUGUAAUAGGUAACAAAUUAUAGCUACUAUUUAUUGAUUUGUAACAUCUUGUUUCUAACAAAACUUUGUAGCAUGGAAAAAAGUUUCCAUCCACAAGUACAAACGUGAAUAAAUGUAUCAGAAUG